GAGGAGGCGGCGGUGGCGGCGGUAUCGUUUCACAGAGCGAGAGCACGUGUUGGCCGGAGAAUUAGGUGGAGUCCCAUGUGCAAAGUGGGUGGAGGCUGCCGCAUCGCGAGGCUGCCUUCCGCGCGUUAUAUCGCAGAACGAAACCUCCGUGGAAUACUGCGUGAAAGGGAUAUCCAUUUUCAGGGAGUGCACUGACAGAGAAUAGUGCUUCUGUUUGCUGUCGUUAUCAAAAUAAUAACUCCCAUCACGGGAGAAUGCUGAAAGAUGAAAUCCUAGCAUAAAAACUGUUGGCGCUAAAUUAACUUUAACGUUAAUACCAAUUUAUUUGCAAGAAAUAGAAAAUAAAUAUUUCCAUCAUGAAGCGCAGUGUUGAUGGGAGAAAUAUCACUCAAGAAGAGAUUGAUGAGCAUGAUCCUUUACAAACGCAAGCUUCUCAACAACAAGAUGAAGCUGAACAGCAGCAAUUAGAUCAACAACAGCAAACGGCUCAACCACAAAUUAGAUUUUUAAGUACGAAUAUGUUACAACAAUUACAGCAACAACAACAACAAGAUGUUCAGCAGCAAGCGCAGCAGCAACAACAGCAACCGCAAGUUAUUACUUUACAACAACUGCAAAAUUUUGUGCCUUUACAAGCCCAACAAGCCCAACAUGAUCAACAAAGGACACAAGCAAUUUCUGUACAAUCUUUGCCCCAACAGUUUUUACAGGGUGCUCAAAUACUUGGUACUCAAGCUCAAGCAGCGCUUCAGCAACAGCAACAGCAAGCCCAACAUCAGGCACAACAGCAAACGCCACAGCCACAACAGCAACAACAGCAACAACUUAGUUACAAUGUUAUACCGCAAAUGCAGACUGUAAAUAUUGAUGGCCAAGAAGCUUUGUUCAUUCCAUGUUCUGCAAUGUCAGGUGCUGGUGCUCAUCAUCAAACACAGCCUACAAUGCAAUUUGCUACUGCUAAUGGGCAGCAAGUACAACUUGCCAGUCAACAAGUGCAAUUGGCUAAUGGCCAGACUAUUAUAACUCCACAACCUGUCAGUCUCAUAAGAGCUCCUGGCGUAUUUCCUGCUUCUAUUAUUCAAAAUAUUGCUGGACAGACAGUUCAAUUGCCUACAGGACAAAGCGUUCAAGUAAGGCCAUUACAAUUUCCUAUGCAACAUGUUCAGCAAACUGUGCCUGUUCAAGUUCCAGUCACUGCCAGUAAUGGACAAACUGUUUAUCAAACUGUGCACUUUCCUGUUCAAGCUUUGUUAAGUGUCUUUAAUAUGCCAGCUACACAAAUGAUACCACAAAUUACCCAACAAAUUCCUCAAGUGGCUCAAAUUAUUACACCCAAUGGACAGAUUCAACAAGUUCAAAUUGCAAAUUUACCACAACUUCAAAGCUUACAAAGUCAACAGGUAACACAAAUGGCUCAACAAGUUGCUCAACAGCAAGCACAACAACAGGUUGUACAACAGCAAGCAGCACAACAACAAGUUGUACAAUCAGUACAGCAGCAACAACAAGCUGUACAAGCGCAAGUUCAGCAGCAACAACAGCAGCAGCAGCAGCAACAGGUACAACAAGUUGUACAAGUAAUACAACAGCAACAGCAGCAGCAACAACAGCAGCAGCAGCAACAACAGCAGCAGCAACAACAACAGCAAGUUCAACAAGUCCAACAAUCAUCCACACCAGCUUCUACGGUAGCAACUUGGAGUACAACUGUUACAACUCCAAGUAAUGUUCAGGUACUUGGUAUUGGUUCACUUACAAGACCUAUGCCAGCAAACAGUAGUGUAAUUACUACAAAGGAUGGACAGAAGAUUGACGUUCAGACAUUAACUGCUUUAGCAAGACCACCUGAAACAGUUGAAGGUGAUAUAAAAUUAACAAAUAUAGAUGCAAGUCAAUUGGCUAAUCAAAUUAUACAUAUUCCAACUGCACAAUCUGCGCAAACUACAGUUCAACCAAACACGAUAACAGGUGCGCAAGGUCAACAGCUUACUUUAAUUCCUGCGUCUGCUCUAGCAAAUUUGACUGCUCAACAAGGAAAUAUGAUGAGAAGCGUUGGUAGUGGGAGUAUAAUGCAAUUACAACCUGCUGCUGGAAUGAAUACUACAAAUGGUUUUCUUCAGUCCAUACCUGUACAAAAUAUUCCAGGUUUAGGAAGUGUCCAAGUAAUACCUGCAAGUGCGUUGCAACCUGCUACUGUGCAAGCUUUACCUACUGCUGCUGCAGCACCUAUUGUUGCUGCUCCAACUGUACAACUAGACUCAAGCGAUCCAACUAAAUGGCAAAUCCUACAAACAUUGCAUCCAAAUGGAACGAUCACAACACCAACUCCGACAUCACAUCAACAUCAAAUAACAACUGCAACAAAUCCAACUGUAGACACAGAUUCUAAUAAACAGCAUCGAAGAAGAGUAGCCUGUACAUGUCCUAAUUGCGGUGAUGGUGAUAGAAAUAGGGACAUGACUCGAAAACGUCAACAUGUUUGUCACAUUGCCGGUUGUAAUAAAGUUUAUGGAAAAACAAGUCAUCUUCGGGCUCAUUUAAGAUGGCACACAGGGGAACGACCAUUCGUUUGCAGUUGGAUAUUUUGUGGAAAAAAAUUUACAAGAUCAGACGAAUUACAACGCCAUCGUAGGACACAUACUGGAGAGAAACGAUUCCAGUGUCCUGAGUGCACGAAAAAGUUCAUGCGAUCAGAUCAUCUGACAAAGCAUAUUAAAACACAUACAAAAAUUCGUAGUACGGAAGCUGCUACUUCCACCCAGGAAGGUUCAUCUGAUAGCCAGUCUUCCGCAGAAGAAAAGAUAAUAAUAGCACUUCAUAAAACAGAAACAGAACAGACAGGAAUUAUUUUAUCAGAACCAAUGGAUGAUAUAAAAAGUGAUUCAAUCAAACAUAUAACAAACGAAUAAUGUAUUAGUUUUGUUGCAUUUGAGCUUUUCUAACAGAGCUUAAAAGAAAGUCAACUAAAACAGAUAUAGUAUAUA